UGUACCUUUGAAGACCUGUUUUUGUGAGGACAAGGGCUCCCUGUACCCAGUAACAAGACGGCAGCGUCUGUAUGGUCUUCCCUACUCAAAAUAAUAAACUCUGCUACUACUAAGAACUAUUCUACUAUUGAGCGGACAUUGGACACGAGGCUGAUGGAGGAUUACUGUCGUCAGCUACCUAAAGUGGAGCUGCAUGCUCAUCUGAACGGCUCCAUCAACAACGAGACGAUUGGAAAGCUGGUUGCUCGUCAUGCGGAGCUGGGAUGGGCUGAAACCUCGCCAUUGCCCAACGAUUGGCAAGUGGUCAUUGAGAAAGGCUCAACACGCUCGUUGGAUGAAGGCUUCCUGAUCUUCAAACUCAUCCACCAGCUGACACGGGAUGAAGAGGCUAUACGGAUGGUCACCCAGAGUGUAGUGCAGGACUUUGCUGAUGACAACUGUCGCUACUUGGAGCUGCGGAGCACUCCCCGUGCUGUACCUGACACAGGCAUGACCAAGGAGUCGUAUGUGGCCGCUAUUCUCCAUGCUAUACAGGAGUCUGAGUCAGAGCAAUCCAAUAGCAAGUGCAUUGUAAGGGUGAUUUUGUCCAUUGAUCGUCGUCAAUCAGUUGCCGAAGCCAUGGACACCGUACUACUAGCCCAGCGGCAUAUGCAGCAGUCGGGACUUGUACUCGGUAUAGACCUCAGUGGAGACCCUAAGGUACCUGUCUCGUAA